UAAGCAUAUGCUGAUUAAACAAAUUCGUAUUUAUUAGUGGUAAAUAUUAAAUUUGUGGCAACUUUUCUAUAUUUGUACAAAACAUUUACUAGUGGAUAGCAUAAAUACGCUACAUAUUUUAUAUUUAAUAGAAGUACAACGAUGGAAGGAAUAACCAUGGAGAGAAACAGAAAGAGGAAAUUGAGUCAUAAAUUGGUAACAGAAAAUAAGAAGGAAAAAUGUUUUUCCGAUAUCAACAAAACGAAACAGCUGAACAAGCGAGUAUCAGAAGGCGAAGAGAAUUCUUGCCACGUUUGUGGGGAGGCAGCGAGAUGGAAGAAUUUUGGUGGGAUGUCAUGCAACUGUUGUAAAUCUUUCUUCCGCCAUUUCGUUCUCAAGAAUUUGAAAGAUGCCAAAUCCGAGCAAGAUUUCAGGAAGAAUUGUAAAUUUAAGGGGGACUGUUUAAUCGACCAAAAAACAAGAAAAAAAUGCAAAGCUUGCAGAUUUGUGAAAUGUUGCAAAAUUGGAAUGAAUUUUAAAUGGGUCUUAGCGGAUUAUAAAAAGAUACAAGAUUUAAAAUUGCAAAAAUCGAAAAUUGGUCCAGCAGAGAUUCUUCCAAUUAUUGAAACUCCAAGAAACGAUGCAAAACUGAAUGAUAAAGAUGCUACAAUGAUUGAAAAUAUUUCAAAAUUUUAUGAAUCUGCGUGUAAACAAAUUCCAUACAUGUUUCCCUCUCGCGAAAAGGAUGAAGUCGUGAGUCCCACAAAAUCGAAAAUUUUACUAAUCGGAUUCAUUUCUACUUAUAUCCGAAGAUUCGUAUAUUUUGCGAAAAUGAUUCCCGAAUUUGGAAAACUUUCUGUACACGACCAAACGAAUUUAUUGAGACGGUCUGGAAUGCACAUGGGCAUUCUGAGAGGUUCAAUCAUAUUUGAUUUCGAGAAACGCAUGAUAACUUCGAAAGAUGGAGAAAAUUACCCAGACAUACGCAUAACCGAAUUACAAGAUGUGUGUCCCCAAGACUUAUUAGAAAUGCAGGAAAAACUCUACAGAAGGAUUCGAAAUAUUGCCCCCGACGAAACUAGCAUUAUGCUAAUGAUCCCCGUCGUGUUAUUCUCAGACUGUGGAGGAACAGAUAGUUGCACAGAGUUUGACGACCGACCAGCUAUAAAUGAAGCGCAGGAAGUUUAUUCGGCAUUACUUGAAAAAUACUUAAAAUUUGUGCAAGGGGAGAAAGGGAGGCUUACUUUCCCAAAGCUUCUCUGCCAACUGGUGGAAUUGACCCAAAUUUCUCAGCUCCAUCAAGGCAUACCACUUAACCUGAGUGAACAUCAAGUCGAUAAAAUGCACCAGCAUCUUCUCGAACUUCAAAAAAAGUCCAGUAUUUCGCCCCCAAUCACUAACAAAACCCCCGCUGGGGAAAUUUCCGUACAACAAAAUCAAUUUAAAGAGUUUAAGAAUUAUUGUCAAGGAACCUGUAAAAAAAGUUCAAAUUCGCCAUUCCCAUCACCGAAAAUUAAUGAUGCAACAGUACGAAACUCGGAGGCAUUCCAAUUGCUGAUUCGCACCUUCGUCAACACCACUGGGGAGUGGGGGAUUAAACCAAAUUAUUUUACACAAGGUCCUCAAAUUGGAAUUAAGCAAGCCUUCAUGCGUCGAAUACCAGAGUUGCUCGCCUGUCCGUGGGACUGUUUGGUUAAUGAGGGGGCUGAAAAUGGUGGACCAUCAGAUAUAUGCAUGCACAUGUAGGCCAUUCCGAAAAAAUGAGAUAGCUUUAAAGAACUGAUUGCAAAACAAUUAUUAUUUCAUGAAAUUUGAACUCUUUUUGUAUAAUUUUUGAAAUGCAUGCACUUUUCUAAAUUAAUGACGCUGAUUUUUGUACACAUCAAUUAUGUUCGCAUAUUCAAAGUAUCAAAUCAAGCCAAGAGUUGAACCGAUAUCGAUAGGUAAGGUGCAAUAAAGUUACAAAUUUGGACGUUUUUCAGGAA